GUCAAGGUGCAUUCCAACAUAAAGCAUUCCAAGUAGGCGAGGGCGUAAAGUAUUCCAUGUGGUUUAAAAUUCUUCAUUAAUUAAAUUACGGGUUCAGGUUUAAAAGUUAGAUUUGAAUCGGUUUGGGUUUCAAGCUAGAGGCAUACAUAGAGUUUUUUUAUUUUGAAUAAUCAAGUUCGGAUGGGCUCAGCAAUGGCGGAACGGAACGAGACAAACGGUCACGGGGUGGUCGUCUAUGACUUCUGGAACGACGCCGUUGUCCAGUCGGACUCCUCUGUUUCCAUGGGUUUUCCGGCGGGCGGGUCGUCUUCGUCGGAAUCACUGUUUUUCUGCGACGGCGAUGGCUCCGCCGGGAAGGGGGAGGCCGGGAGAGUGCCGCCCCUGAAUAGCCGCCGUGGAUCUGGUGCUAGAAACUCUGCUUCCGGCGGCAGAGUGUUCCCCUGCCUCUACUGCCCCCGCACGUUCUGCACUUCCCAGGCUCUCGGCGGCCACCAGAACGCCCACCGGCGCGAGAGAGCCGCCGCCGGCCGCCGUCGAGCACUCUGUCCCUCCGCCGCCGUGAACCAGUACUGCAGUCCGAAUAUCACUCCCGAGCAGCUUCCCUCUUCCGCCACCGCGGGCUAUUACUGCUUCCAACCUCCCAUGCUCCUCCACCACCCGACCGCCGGCGGGUUCCUCCCAGUGGACGGCGGGCACCACUUCUUCGCUUCCGGCCCAUCCCAAUCGGCCUUCUGCGAUCUUCUGGCCGACGGCGAAGUCGUCUUUCUGAGCAAUAACUGUUCCGGGUCGUCGCCGCCGCCCCUGUCAUCAUUGGAGACUCUCUCCCGCCCCAGCGCCGCCGCCACUCCAUCUCCGCCGCAGCAUCUCGAUGACAUCAGCAUUGAUCUCACCCUUCAUCUCUAGACCAGAUUUCUACGAGUAAUAAAAAACAAUUUUGCUC